CUCGUGCUGUGGUGUUUUGACUGCAGCACGUGAGCCCCAGCCGCGGUACAUGGAGUUCCAGCCCGAGCAGCUGAGGGGAGAUGUCCAGGAAAAGAGCCGCAGAGUCGGUGUCCGUGCCCAGCAGCACCCCGGAGAGGAAGCGGGCCUGCUGGGGCGUUCUGAUCAGCCAAGGGUCGUGGGCAGAUCGCUCUCCGCUCCAUGACGCAGCGUCUCAGGGUCGCCUGCUGAUCCUGCGCAGGCUGCUGGCUGAGGGAUAUCAUGUAAACAUCAAGACCAUCGACCAAGUGACGCCCCUCCAUGAAGCCUGUCUGUCUGGACACGUGGCAUGUGUCAGGGCGUUGCUAAGUGCUGGAGCUAAUGUGAAUGCUGCCACCAUCGACGGCGUCACUCCUCUGUAUAAUUGCUGUGCAUCAGGGAGCGUCGGGUGCAUGGAGCUGCUGCUGCAGAAUGGAGCGCACAUGCACACACUUCACACACACUUCCCUUCGUCUAUGCAUGAAGCCUGCAGGAGAGGGAACAGCCAGUGUGUGGAGAGCCUUCUUUCUCAUGGAGCAGAUCCAGACCACCAGGUCCCUCACCUGGGCUCCCCUCUCUACGUGAGCUGCCUACACCGACACACAGCCUGCUCAAAGCUGCUGUUGGACAAAGGAGCCAGUGUUAAUGCAGGGAAAAGCGGGGAAAGCCCUCUGCAUGUAGCUGCCAGACAGAACAGCACCGAUCUGGUGUCGGUUUUACUCGACCAUGGAGCCGAAACCAAGCUCAGAGACGGAAACGGCCAGCGGCCGUUAGACCUCGCUCCGCCUGGUGGAGAAACACACCAGCUGCUUGUGGCAUUUGAAGCGUCCCCCAGGAGUCUCUGCCAGCUGUGCCGUCUCCGGAUCAGGACCGUGAUUGGGCGAGCCAGACUCAAGCAGCUUCCUCUCCUCCCUCUUCCUUCACUUCUCACUCAAUACUUGGAGCACACAUAGAGCCAUAGGCUGCGUGCUCUCCCGUACUUUUCUGGCUCCAAUGCAAAAACAGAAAAUAUUACCAAGUAUUUUUGUUCUAGUUUCUAGUGCAUAUAUCUCAGUACACCUGAAAUAAGA